GAAUACUAGGAAGUACAGAGUCGGCUGCGAGGACAGCGAAUCAUCUGACCCGCCCGGGGCGACGGAGCGUUGGGCAGGAAGGAAGACACGAAAAGGUGGGCUAGAUCCUCCUGCGGCUUAGCACACACCCAUCCCUGGAGAGUACCUCCAGUACGCAGGCGCAGGUGGAGGAUGCGGGUUGGCUCGUGCGGAGAAGCUGCUCUGUUCUCGGAGCCAAUGCUGUCUCGCCCAGGGGGUCGGGCCCGGGUCUCGUUGGCGGGAGGGCCGCGAGGCGCGCGCCUUUCGUCCUUCUGCCGGGAGGUUCGCGGGCUAUCUCCGUUAGCCGUGCGCCAUGGAGCCCGGGCCCAUUGAGCGUUUCGCACCUCGUCUAGGCAUCACGGACCCCUCCGUCUUGAGGAAAGCUGAGGAGUACCUGCGACUGUCCCAAGUAAAGUGUACUGGACUGUCUGCUCAUACAACAGAAACAAGUAAUGCAGUCAUGUGUCUGGACCUUGCUGCCACCAGCAUGAGAUGGCCUUUAGACAGAACUUACUUAGUUAAACUUUCUGGUUUGAACAAGAAGAUGUAUCAAAGCUGUCUUAAGUCUUUUGAGUGUUUGCUGGGCCUGAAUUCAAAUCUUGGAAUAAAAGACUUAGCAGUACAGUUUAACUGCAUGGAGGCAGUAAACAUUGCUUCAAAGAUACUACAGAGGUAUGAAGCUAGCCUUCCCCCGAUACAGAAGGUAGAUCUAGAUUUGUCCAAGCCCCUUUUCACGACAGCUACACUGUUUUCAGCAUGCAGGGUCCUAAAGAUAAAAGUGAAUAAAGAUAAAAUGGUGGCCACAUCUGGUGUAAAGAAAGCUAUUUUUGAUCGACUCUGUAAACAGUUGGAAAAGUUUGAACAACAAGUUAAGGAAGAACCUAGCAGUUCGGCUUCUCCACCAGCCAAAAGACAGAAGAUUAUAGUUGAACAUUCCAAGAAAGAAAUAGAGGACAAAGCAGAAUCUCUAUGUAAGCAGCAGCAAAGUGAAGAUUUAAAACAAGAUUAUGAAGAGUGGAAAAGAAAAAUUUUAGAAAAUGCUAUUAAAGCACAAAAGAAGUGAUUUCAGUUUCCAGAAAGCACCUGCCACCAACCAUGACACUUUCUUCCCCAGUGAGCCUUGUAUGGGUCAUUAGCAUUUGCUCUUGAGCAAGAAUUCUGAAAGCACUACCUUAAUAUGCUUGGGGUUCUUUUUCCUGGGCAGUACCAAGCAUGUUAUGUCAAGGAAAACCCUUUCACCUCCACUCUGGGUUUCCAUAUUUUGGUGAGGUUACUUGGAGAAGGCAGCACAGAGGUCACAUCUGAGGCAAUGGGACCUGGCUCCUGACACUGGAAAUAAGCUUGACACAAUCAACUGCGAUGUGUGUGUUCUUUUCCAAAGGAGUCUAAGGAAACUUAGUACUGUAGUUAGUACUUUUGACAAAUACUAAUCAGGGGUCGGGAACCUGUGGCCUCCAGGCCACAUGUGGCCUUCUAGAUCCUUUGAUUCUGCCUUUUGACUAAGUCAAGUUUUACAGAACAAAUCCUUUUAUUGAGGGGAUUUGUUCUGUGGAGUUUGGAUGCAGUCAAAGGACUGAAUGUGGCCUCAGGGACACAGAUUCCGCACCCCUGUGACUCAUUUUGAAGCAAUACAAAUGGGUUUUUAGACUAUUUGAUGCCUGCUUUUAAUUGUGCAGUUUUUCAGAGCUGUAGAAUCUUUUAGUUUAAAUAAAAUGUUGAAACCCAAGAUAAUAAAUUUUAUUUCUGCGCC